CACGACUGGCCCUGUACCCGCUCCAUUUUCUCCAAACGCACUCGUCACGGAUAUAGCUCCUCGUCCCCGUCUCUCGUAUAUGCCCCUCUAAUCCUACCUGCGACGAUACACGGCUUUUUCUAACAACACCGCUACUUGCAGCUAUGGGUCAAACAUUGUCUGUUCCAGCGACGGACAAGAACACGGAGUCGGGAGGGAAUGACCGGUUUAUGUAUGCGGUGUCUGAGAUGCAGGGUUGGAGAAUAACCAUGGAGGACGCGCACACGAUCGCUUUGCGUUUGGACGAAGACAAGGACGAACCCAAUGCCUUCUUUGCUGUUUACGAUGGUCACGGUGGUAGUAAUGUUGCACGGUAUGCUGGACGCAAUGUCCACAAACGAUUAGCAUCGCAAGAGGAAUAUCAGGCAAAACGUUACCCAGAAGCAUUAAAGCGGGCUUUCCUAGGGACCGAUGAGGAUAUGCUUGCGGACCCUUCAUAUACUCGGGAGCCGUCGGGAUCAACGGCCCUGGCAGCCCUUGUCACAGCCGAUAACAAGAUAUAUGCCGCGAAUGCUGGUGAUUCAAGAGGUGUCAUCAGUGUGAAGGGCGAAGCAAAACAAUUGAGUUAUGAUCACAAACCCGCGAAUCAGACCGAGAAAGACCGUAUAACUGCAGCAGGCGGAUAUAUUGAAUACGGCAGAGUCAAUGGCAAUCUAGCGUUAGCCAGAGCGCUGGGUGACUUUGACUUCAAGAAGAACUACAAACUCUCCCCCGAGAAGCAAAUAAUCACCUCGGACCCCGAGAUUAUUGAGCAUCAGAUAACGGAGGAAGAUGAAUUCAUUGUAUUAGCCUGUGACGGUAUCUGGGACUGCUUGAGCUCCCAAGAUGUCGUCGAUAUCGUCCGACUAAAGGUUGCGGAAGGCAAGGAACUGCCCGAAAUUGUGGAAUUCCUUUGCGACCAUUGCCUUGCUCCCAACACGACUGAGGGCACGGGAGUGGGCUGCGACAACAUGACGGUGCUGAUAGUCGCGAUCCUACAUGGCCGGACUAAAGAGCAAUGGUAUGAAUGGAUCAAAGACCGCGUUGAAAACAAAUAUGGGUACGACACGCCUAGGGAGGUCAAGGCUAUCUAUUCUCAGCCAUACAGGCCACGAGAAGGCGCUGGUCGCGCGGGGCCCAUGGCUUCGCGGCUCAUGGCCAACGGUCUCGGCGGUGCUAUCAGCCUGACGCCCAUUUUCCACGGGGGAAAUGAGGGUUUGAUGUUCGAGACGGACAGCGAGGAGGAGGACGGGAAUUCGGAUGACGAAUCACAGAACUCGUCCUUCUUCAGUCAAAGUUUCGGGCCCGGGAUUGGCAACCUCCGGCAACAGCUCAUGAUGCCACAGGGUGACGAGGACUACGACUUGGAAGCUAAUGGGGCAGGUUCGAAAGUGAACGGUGAUGCGGAGGCGGAGGAAAGUCGGGUGGAGGACGCGGACAUGGACUCGUCGAAUGACGAUAAGGAUGCUACCCCACAGCAAGAGCGGCAGGGCGAAGCACCCCCACCUCCGAAGCCCCUGCCUAAUGGCGAUGCCGUCUCGCGGACACCUGACCAAUUCGAAACGCAUCCGGCCGGCGACGAGCCGAGCGCUGUGGUGAAGACAGAGGGCCUCAUGGAUACCAGCGAGAGCCCGCUCAAGGGAUAAGCGAUAUCUCCAGCUAUGUUACUAUUCCAUCCUAAUUUCUGUGCUUUUGUUCUUCUUCCUCUGUGUUGGUAUCGCGGGUUGAAACUGUUAUCUAUUGUCAGCUGUAGCAAACAUGCGUGUUCUCUUCAUCCCACUUGUGCAAUCAGGUCACCAUGUCCAUUGUGGUUCCUCUGCGGGUGUUUGUCAUACCACUGUAUAUCCCAUCUAGUCUGAACUCUGCACUCACUUCCCAUUGUACAUGUACAUCGAUACGUGCAUUACCCAGUGUAUGUAUAUACGGGAUUAGCGUCGGAACCUCUUCAUAGACGAAUCGGAUGCAAUCAUGAGGGGAGUGAACAAAUAUUCUGAACACGACAUUGGACAGUCCGGAUCGGAAGACAGCUGCACCUUACAACUCGAAGACAUUCAUGAGGAUGAUGAUCUCCCCUUCGCACAGACAGCAUACAAGCAUUCGCUGCCCCACUGUCAGGACACCUACACCAAGAACAGCGCCUGCUUCUCCGCCGCCAACCUUCAAGACGCUCUGUACGCCUUCUUUCUCCUUUGAACCCUUUGGAGGCGCCCUGUACAGGUAGACGUUCCCGCCAAACGUUUGGCUGCCACUCUCAAAUGCCAUAACGAGCUCGCCUGUGUGGUAUGUGAAUCGUGUGUCCCGCUUGGAUGCGAGCACGAACGACAGCGCGGGGAACGUGGUGGCAUGCCUCCACUUGGCCCAUUCGUCGUUGGACGGCGAGGAAGGGAGCUCGAAGACUGCCCCGUCGAGGUGCUCUUUCACGACGAGGCUAAGUUCCCCGCUCGAUCCCGGUAGCGGCGUGCUCAACAAGCUUACCCUCUCCUCCUUGUCCUUCCCCCUCCGCGCCCACCACUCCGGUUCGCCAUAGCGCGCCUCUGCGUCACCCUGCACACUACCACGCGUAUCGACCCAGGUGAGCACCGCCUCGCGCCCAACACUAUCAUCCACCUCCUCGUCAUACUCGUCCUUCGCGAGGCUGGGCACACCGCGCCCAAGACCCCCCUGCGCCUGGUCUUUCGACGUCUCCGCCGUGAAUUUCUCGAGCGACUCGAGGAUGCCCGCAAGCUCGCUCGGGUCCAUCGUCUCGGGCACGUCCUCACCCGAUUCAAAGACCUGCGGCCAGCGCGUGCCGACGUCCUUCUUGUCGAGGUGCACGGUGAGCAGGCCCCA